AUGCUGAAGAGUACCAACCUCCAAUAUGGAAAUCAUACUUGUAUCAGUUACAGCAAGAGGCACCUCGUCCCAAGAGGAUCAUUUGUCCUCGGGAGGUGGAAAACAGACCAAAAUAUUAUGGAAGAGAGUUUCAUGGGAUCAUCUCCCGGGAGCAGGCUGAUGAGCUUUUGGGAGGUGUGGAGGGUGCCUACAUCCUUCGGGAAAGCCAGCGGCAGCCAGGAUGCUAUACACUGGCUCUAAGGUUCGGAAACCAGACCUUAAACUACCGGCUCUUCCACGAUGGGAAACACUUUGUGGGCGAGAAGAGAUUUGAAUCCAUUCAUGAUCUGGUGACAGAUGGCUUGAUAACGCUGUACAUAGAAACAAAAGCUGCUGAAUACAUCUCCAAAAUGACAACUAACCCCAUCUAUGAACACAUUGGAUAUGCCACUCUACUCAGAGAAAAAGUGUCCAGAAGACUGAGCAGAUCUAAAAACGAAUCAAGAAAAGCGAGUGUCACAAAUGAAGAGCACACGACUGUGGAAAAGAUCUCCUCCCUGGUUCGGAGGGCUGCCCUCACACACAACGACAACCACUUCAACUAUGAGAAGACACAUAACUUCAAGGUCCACACAUUCCGAGGCCCACACUGGUGUGAAUAUUGUGCCAAUUUCAUGUGGGGACUCAUCGCCCAAGGAGUCCGGUGCUCAGACUGUGGGUUGAAUGUACACAAGCAGUGUUCCAAGCAUGUUCCCAAUGACUGCCAACCUGAUCUCAAGAGGAUCAAGAAAGUGUACUGCUGUGACCUCACUACACUGGUGAAGGCUCACAACACUCAGAGACCCAUGGUGGUUGACAUAUGUAUUCGGGAAAUUGAAGCAAGAGGAUUAAAGUCAGAAGGGCUUUACAGAGUCUCUGGGUUCACAGAACACAUCGAAGAUGUCAAGAUGGCAUUUGAUAGAGAUGGUGAAAAGGCAGACGUAUCUGCCAACAUCUAUCCAGAUAUAAAUAUCAUCACUGGCGCCCUGAAACUGUAUUUCAGAGACUUACCCAUCCCUGUCAUCACAUAUGAUACCUAUUCCAAGUUCAUAGAAGCAGCAAAAAUCUCCAAUGCAGAUGAGAGGCUGGAAGCCGUCCAUGAAGUGCUGAUGCUGCUGCCUCCGGCCCACUAUGAGACUCUGCGAUACCUAAUGAUCCACCUCAAAAAGGUGACUAUGAAUGAAAAGGACAAUUUCAUGAAUGCAGAAAACCUGGGGAUCGUGUUUGGGCCCACCCUGAUGAGGCCCCCUGAGGACAGCACCCUUACCACCCUCCAUGACAUGCGGUACCAAAAGCUCAUUGUGCAGAUUUUAAUAGAAAACGAAGAUGUUUUGUUUUAAUCCAUCAAGGAUAAGAGCUAAAGGGCCUCGGCCCCAUCUAAGCUGAUAGAGCUUAAGGAAUAAAAACAUUUCUUACACUUGAUUUGUUUUUCAAAGAAGUGACAGAAUUUCCUGGACUGCAGUGGAUUGCAGAUUUGGGGACUGUGUCUCAUAGACAUACCCUCUUCCACAUAAGAAUAAGGGUGAGGGUGAGGACACCCCACCUUGGGUCUUUUGCUGUGCCUCGUAUGUAUGUCUGUUUUGCUGGAAGAGUGAUUCAUAAAUCUUUCUUUAACUUAUUUUAAAAAAGCAAUGUAGACCAUUAAGUUUCAGUCUUAUCAGUAAUUAAAGGGAACUUAAUUCAUAAAGGUACUUGAUGCAGUGACACAUUUUUCCACUUACAAAAAGAAGAUGAUUCUAUAUGUUAAAUGUUAAAUGAAACCUAUAUUGUAAAAUGUAUUUUUAUUUCAGCUGCAAGAAUGUUAUUUUAUUUUAGCAAAUAGAAGUCAAUGCAGUGCAUUGAUCAUUACCCUGUGUAUUCUGUCCUGCAUUCUUGCUGUGAUGCCCAGAAAAAAUUGACCACAAAUGCAGUAUUAUCUCACGUACCUCUGUCCUUAGCAGUGCUUUCCACUGAAAUUUCACCUGCUAUGUGUAUCUUUGCUUUUGACAGGUUUUGCGCUAAAGCACCAACAUUCUGCUAUUGUAUAGUGUAUGUUCAUAGCAACUAUAAGAUGGUCUGAAACAUCAACAAAUUUUCUUUUCAUAAAAAUAUUGUAAAUUUCCAAAGGGUGUUAUGGAAUUGAUCACAGCCUUUCUGUACUAUGACUGUGUAUCUGAAAAUAUGCAGAGUAUGGGCAUUUUACAUAAAAUGAUUUGAGGACACUGGAUGUAUCUGGGCCAUGUAUAAACUUAGCACUUUCCCCUCUUUUCUUGUCAGCCAGGCCCUCUAACUCAUAUAUCAAUGGCAAGCUGAAUUUUUGGGGGGCUACAUUUUUGGGGGACUACAUUUCUGUAUUGAUGAAAAGUAAAUCUGUAGAAUACUUGUUGAAAUUUUUUCAUUUUUGUUUUAGAAACAAACCUAUUUUUUAAAGUAAGGAAUAAGGUUGGUUUUUACCAAAUAUUUGUUUCUCCUCGAUAAAAGUUAAUCUGUAUGAAAAAUAAUUUAAUAUGAUUUUAUUACUAUAGUUCCAUCCUAUGGGUUAUAUUUAUCUUAGCAUGAGCCUUUCACACCAAGAUUUCUAUAUUUUGUAACAUAGGUGAAAUAUUUAAAACAUUGGAAACUGUAAAUCUAGAUUUUUCUUUUUUAAAUCCAGCUGCAAUGUCUUUUCUUCUGAUUGUCUGAGAUGAUUCAUGUAAUUACUCACAAGUCUUGCUUUGGAGUGACCAGAAGAGAAUUGCUGUGUGUUAAAUGGAGUGAAAGGAGGAACACUGUGAUUGCUGUCCUGGGAAGUCCCCAGGGCCCUGCAAAUGGACUCUGCUGGCCUCUGGCCUCAAAGGGUUCUGCCUGGUUCCUGCAAUGUUAGUACUCCUCCCAUCUGUACAGAGUUGUUUGUUGUACCUAUGUACUUCUUGAUACUGUCAAAAAAUAUCUGGAAAUGGUUUUAUUUUGUGAAGUGAACAAUACUUUGUAAUUUAUGAUAGUGUGAAUGGAAGGAAAAGCAUUACAUGUAUUAAAUUCUUCUGCCUAUCAU